CUCUCUCUCUCUCUCUCUAUUUCCCUCUUUCUCUUUCUCUCUCUCUUUCCCCCAGUUCCCUCAAUUUUCCCGCGGUAGGUAUCGCGCGGAAAGUCGCGUGGUCAUGCGCAUUUAAUCCGGUUGCGUGUUAUCAGUGCUAACGGCUGAGUCUCGAUCACAUCCACAACGACGACGACGACGACCGCGACGACGACGGGGAUGAUAACGCGCCUGAAACCCGAUUUCAAUUGGAAGAUGCUGUCCGGAGCGUGGUUCGAAACAAUCGCGACGAUAUUGCUCACGAUUCUGGUGUUGGCCACUGGCUGCCGGCCGCCCUGGUGGUUUUGGAACAGGAACAACAAUGGCAAUUACGAUACACGCGACAAGAGCAGGAAGUUCAAGACGGCGCGCGACGUGCCGGGCCCACUUUCCCUACCGAUUUUGGGCACCAAGUGGAUCUACUACCGUUGCGGCAAUUACUGUAUGAACAAGAUUCACGAAGCGUACAAAGAUCUGAAUCGGCGAUAUGGAGCGUUAUGCAAGGAGGAGGCAUUGUGGAACCGUCUCGUGAUAUCCCUGUUCUCCCGUCCCGACAUCGAGAGCAUUCUCCGGCGAAGUUCGAAAUAUCCGCUUCGUCCACCGCAGGAAAUCAUAUGCCACUACCGGAGAACCCGACGCGAUCGCUACACCAACUACGGCAUUGUCAAUGAACAAGGCACGACAUGGCAUAAUCUUCGGGCAGCCUUAACGCCUGAACUCACCGGUGCCAGUACAGUGUUCAGUUUCUUUCCGGCACUCAAUACUGUCACCGACGAUUUCAUCGAUUUAAUUCGUAGAGGAAGAACGGGCACCACCGUGAGAGGCUUCGAGGAGAUGGCUUACCGAAUGGGUCUCGAAAGCACAUGUACUUUGAUCCUGGGACGUCAUUUGGGCUUCCUUAAACCGGAUUCUAGCUGCACGCUCACAACUAAAUUAGCGGAGGCGCUCAGAGUUCAUUUCACAGCCAUGCGUGACGCCUUUUACGGUCUGCCGUUUUGGAAGCUGAUGCCGACAUCCUCGUACAGGCGACUGAUAGAGAGCGAGGACACUAUAUACAACGUCAUCUCGGAGUUCAUCGAGACGACUAUGAGGGAAAAAGUGGACGACGCCCAAGACGAUUCCAUCGAGGCGGUGUUCCUAUCUAUUUUACGGCACAAGGAUCUCGACAUGAGGGACAAGAAAGCUGCUAUAGUGGACUUUAUCGCGGCGGGAAUACACACACUAGGCAACACGCUGGUGUUCCUUUUCGACAUGAUUGGCAGGAACCCCGAGGUACAAGCAACUCUUUAUGAGGAAGUGCGGUCUUUGGCGCCUCCUGGCUGCGACAUCAGGGUGGAGGAUUUACGAAAGGCGAAGUAUUUGCGCGCUUGCAUUAUGGAAUCUUACAGAAUGAUGCCGACGGCACCGUGCAUAGCCCGCAUACUAGACGAGCCUGUCGAACUGAAAGAGUAUCGCCUCGAACCCGGGACAGUAGUAUUAUUGCACACGUGGAUUGCGAGCAUGAACGAGGAGAAUUUUAAAGAUGCAUCCAAAUGCCAGCCAGAGAGAUGGCUGAGACCGACGGUGCCCAUGUCACCUUUACUGGUAGCGCCUUUCGGCGUCGGCAGAAGAAUAUGUCCGGGAAAACGAUUUGUGGAUCUCGCACUGCAGCUUAUCCUAGCGAAGAUCGUCCGGGAAUUCGAGAUCGUCGUCGGGGAGGAGCUCAACCUGCUGUUCGAAUUUAUCCUGGCGCCACAGGGCCCCGUGUCGUUCGGCUUCCGGGAUCGAGAGCUGAACUGAUCCGAAUCCGAAUUUAUUAAUCUCGCGAUCGUCCGCGUACGACGAUUGGGUAAAUCGUCAAUCAGGCGGGCCGCGAGCCGUUCCUCGCGCAAGUUCCGGUCUGAAUGAGCGCGCGCGUGCGUGCGCGCUGUUUUUCAUCCGAUUGAUUUCUCAACUGAGUUAGUUAUUUUACGUUUGUAUUAUUUGAAAUAUUUUUUAAUUCGUUGAAAGGAACUUCGUUCGUCCGUCGAGGGUAUUCCUCAUUAAUUGUGCUCUAAUGUUAUUAUAUUUAUAUUUAGUUGUAAGCGCGUAAGCGAUUUGGGUUCCCUUACCUUUUAAGACAUUGACGCACAUUGCUUGCAAUGCCCUGUAUUACACUGUGUGCCACGCAUCUCACGAUCGUCAAUUCUUUCAUCAGUCAUAUUUUCGGGGGGGGGGGGUUUCUUUCUUUUUCUUUCUCUUUCUUCUUUUUCAUUUAUGCGCUGCGUGCAGUCGAAGCCGCCGCUGCGCGUCGGUCGAAAUUGCGCCGGCGGUGUUUAAUUCCUUAACGCGCCCGCGGGUGUCUUAGUAGCCCUACUAAGUUUUAUCUACGAUAACUAUUCAAUAUUAAUUACGAAAGUACGAAAGGUAGCGCGACGAGAGAGUGCCGAAUGAGAGCGUGAUUGAGAAGAAGAAAAAAUUUCAAGUACGCGGUAAAAAGUCUUGCGUUAAAGACGAUUCAGAUCACUGAAACUUUUUACGUUACUUUAACGUGGGGAAUACCUUGAAGAGCGCGGAAAUAUGUGUUAAAAAAAUUAACAUAUUCACCUCGUUGAAAUAACGGAAAAAUUCCAGUCGAUCGUUAUCGGCAUGAAAUUUUUCACUGUGUAGCGCGACGAAUUUUUUUGCGAUUAUCGUGCGGUAAUCAAAACACUCGGAUACACGAAGAAUAUCGAUCCCGUGAUCGUUGUAUGGAAAGUAACGCAAUGAAAUUGCGACGUUCAUUCAUCGGCAAUCCGUCCGGAUUUUCUGUUCUGCUCCGGAUUUUCGAGAGAACGUUUCCUCUGCCAAACAAAUCGAAAGCAGUAACUGGGACGACUGAGUCAACCCGCGUGGAAGAGUAAAUUCUUCAUUUGCGGUAGCCGGUGUUCCACUCCGAGAUUACACUCUCUCCAGAGAGAGAGAGAGAGAGAGAGCAGCGCGCGCGAGAUAUUAAUUCUAAUCAAUUCAUUUUGUAAUUAUUCAUUUCCACAAGCUGCAGAACUGAAUUCUCCGUUCACGGCGAGAGUGAGACGAUCCCCGAUGGGUCGCCGAUUGACGGGUCGGCGGCCCAUCGAUUGACUAGCUGUGGCCGAACGUUAUAUUUACAUUACUACGUACGCAAGAAGAAGAAGAAAAAAUGAUUAGUACGCGAGGAUUUGUAACCGCUACACACACACACACACACACACACACACACACACACUCACACACACACACACACAUACACACACGUUGACUAUCGAGGGAAGACGUCGCUUCCUUCUGGGAUUAAUAUGCUACUUAAGAAAGCGCCGGAGGCUGAAUCCGUACCUCCGACAUGUGAUCUCAUCAUUCGAAACAACCCCCCGUCGAAGCGCGGUUUUUUUUCAUACAAUUUGAAAACGGAUCGUUAAUGCAACAUCCAUGUACAUAAAAUGUAUGUAGAUAUUUCUUGUUGAAUAUAAUGAAUAAAGUA